AUGAAUGCUACAGCUGCAUCGACGCUAUCAGACCUGGAGAAACCCAAAGAGAAAACUACCAUCGACACAUGCGAAUUUCGUAGCUGUUCCCCUGGAUUGCUGCUAUUCCAGUCGGAUGUGCGGAUCUGGCGUGCGACAAGAUAUUCAUAUGACUUUCCUUGCGAUAAUCACUAUAAGUAUCUCAAUCCUGGCAAUGUAUUCCAAAAGAUGCUACGUCUACUAGUUCUACUAUUCAUUUGGUGCUCAUCCGAAGCCUCACGCUACUCCCAUACUAAUGAAGAUUUGCUACAUUUUUCUAGAAGUGAAAAUGGUCCACGAAUAAACAGGCACAGCUUUUUCAAACAGGAUUUUCGUCCUGGAUAUAAGUUGAAGUUGUUCUGCGAAGCACAUGGAAUUCCGAGGCCAGAUUUCAGGUGGUAUAAGGAUGGAGUUCAGGUGAAGGAUCGACCAGGAUUAGAGAUCCGAAACUAUGUGGACUCCUAUAAAAUCUCCUCUCAUUUGGAUAUCGAUCCGACUCGAGUAUUAGACGCAGGAGAGUAUGAAUGUGUUGCCAACAAUACUUUCGGAUAUCAUCUUGAACAUAUGCGUGCAUACCUUCGACUCUAA